AUGUCUGCUUUCCGCUCUCUCCGUCAAGUCGCUGCGUCUUCGUCUCGCGUCUCUGCAUGCAGGGUCGGGACUUCGACGUGCCGGAGCAGGCUGUUGCUGAACUCUGCUACGCGUUUGCCUCUGCGGUCGGCGUCCCGAGCGUUCUCUAUCACAGCACGGGCUCAAGGAGAGGCUGCGUCGGAUGCUGCGCUCGCGCAGAAGCUCCAGGAGGAGCUGAAGUAUGAGCAGGAGGCAGCCGUGGAGGCAGAACCGGAGUUCUUGAAGACGUUCAAGAGCCAGAACGUCUGGCAGAUUGAAGAUGUUGCAGGGAAUGACGAGGUGACGCUCACGCGGAAGUUCGGCAACGAGACCAUCCGUCUCGUCUUCUCCAUCGCGGACAUCCAGUCGCCACAGGAGAACGAGUUCGACGAGCCCGAGGAGGAGGAGGGCGAGGGCGAGGAGUCCGAGCCCCCAGUCAACUCGUACCCUAUCCGGUGCUCGUUCUCGAUCACCAAGUCGACCGGGACCGGCGCGCUCAACAUCGACGCGAUGUGCCAGGAGGGCACGUUCAUCGUCGACAACCUGAGCUAUUACGCGGACGCGAAGACCGGCACGGAGCUCACCGCCGAGGCGGACUGGAAGCGUCGCGGGCUGUACAUCGGGCCGCAGUUCGACACGCUCGACGUGUCCGUCCAGGAGGCGUUUGAGCAGUUCUUGCAGGAGCGCGGGAUUAACGAGAACCUUGCUCUGUUCAUUCCCGAGUAUGCUGAGCACAAGGAGCAGAAGGAGUACGUGAAGUGGCUGGAGAACGUCAAGAAAUUCGUUGAAGCUUGA